ACGCAGGAAGCGGAAAUGUGGCCCGUGGGCGGGAACAAGUGGGCAGGGCGGAAGUGCCUUCUCCCGGGAAGCUCCGCGUGUGGGAUGGCAAGACCUCGGCGCCGAGCGGCUGGGCCGGCGGGCUCGGGAGGCCCGGGGCAGCAGCAGGGGCUGCGGCGGCAACAGCAGCAGCAGGAGGAACUGCGGGGGAAGCAGCGUCCGGCUCCGCGGCCGGGGCCUCGCAGCCAAGAAAAGAAGAAAGUGAAUUGUAAGCCCAAGAACCAGGACGAACAGGAGAUCCCUUUCCGGCUCCGAGAGAUCAUGAGGAGCCGCCAGCAGAUGAGGAACCCUAUCAGUAACAAGAAGAGGAGGAAAGAAGCCCGUGUAGCCUUCAGAAAGACACUGGAAGAGGAGGCCAGGGGGAUGGAGCCAGACAUUGCCGUCCCCAAGUUCAGGCGGAAGAAGUGGGAAUCGGACAGGGCCUAUAUCCAGCACAUGGAGCAGGAGACCCAGCACGUGCUCUUCCUCAGCAAGAACCAGGCUGUCCGGCAGCCUGAGGCACAAGACGCCCCCAAGAGGGACAAGAAGGAGAAGUCGGAAUGCAGGAAGGUGUUCCAGAAGCGGAGGCUGGAUAAAGUCCGUCAGAGGAAGGAGGACAAGGCUGCAGACAGGCUGGAACGGGAGCUGCUCCAAGACACGGUGAAGUUUGGGGAAGUGGCCCUGCAGCCCCCAGAGCUGACUGCCAGGCCCAGGAAGAGUGUGGGCAGGGAGCAGCCUGGCAAGAAGUCACUGAUGCUAAGGAUGCUUUUGGGCCCUGGCAGCGCAUCCCAGCCUCUGAGCCCAUCGCUGGCCCGGCAGCGGUUCGUGGAGGAGGAGAGAGAGCGGGUGGUGCAGGCCUACCGCACACUGAAGAAACUGAAGCAGCAGCAGCAGGGCCCUCAGUCCUCCUGCCUCCCACCUGGGAAGAAGCCAGGGGUGCAUCUCUGACUACAAGAUCCGCAGCCUGGCCUGUGCUCUGUGAAGCUGACUCCGGGCUGCUGCACUUGGCUAGAAGGUGAGGGGAGAAUAAGCCGGAGCUGGCCUGCAUAGAGGGGCCUCCCCCGGACACGCCUGCAAGGCUCCCAGGAGCACAGGCACCAGCACUCAAGUGUGCAGAGGACUCCAGGUCACAACGGGGUUUGGCUUGGCCAGAAAUGGGGGCAGCUUGGGGCGUGAGGCCUGGCAGUGCCCUGAGCACUCCUGUUUGUCUCUGGCUUCCCUGUCAGACAUCCCCAGACAGGAAGACCAGACUGGGCCUGCAGGACCACUCUUUGUACCCACUGUUCCCUGGCAUAUUGAGGCAGGCACUGCCCAGCCUGACCACACGAUUGACCAUCAGAAUUUCAACAGAAGAAUUGGGCAGGACCAUGUCUUUGUUCUCCAGGGCGACAGCUGAUGGGCAUGGACAGAACAGGGCCUAAGGCCAGGUGAGGGAGGAUGGACCCACACUCUUGUGUUUUAGGAUCUCCAGAAGCAGCUUCUGCCCCGGGUCCCUGCUGUGUGCCAUUUGGGCUGGGCUAAGGGGGCUUAUUCUCAGGGAAGGCCUAUGUUUGCAGAAACACAGAAUGCCACUGAGACUUCAGAGGCUCGUCCAGGUCCUGAAUGGCAACCUGGGGUAUUCUGGCCAUUCCUUGUUUCUUGUUUCAAAGGCUGGGCCAUCUGGGGUGCUUUUGUUUUUAAGUCAACUUUAUUGAGGUAUAAAUUGCCAACAAUAAAAUACAGCCAUCUUGAAUGAGUUCACAAAUCCAUGAAUCCAGGCAGUCACUACCACAAUCAAGAUGAGGACCAUUUCCAUCACCCUCAUAUACUCCUGGCCCCACCCAUGGCCCCAGAAACCAUUGAUCUGCUCUGUGCUCCUCUAAGUGAGAUUUGGUUUUCCUCAAGUUCUGGGUAAAUGAAAUCGUGACAUUUCAACAUACAUUUUUUUAUAACACAGGAACUUUAUUAGGUGAGCAUUAGGAUUACGUAUCAUAGAAAAGGACAAUUCCAAGGUUUCAGGUGGUCAGUCGUGCAUGCCAACAGGGAACACACUGAACAGAGCCCUAGUGAGCAAUGACUGCCCCAGUACCUGUUACUCAUCCUUCAGAACUGCGCCUUCCCCUUGAGACAAAUCGGGAAGAAGGUAACGCAGACACGUCUGCUAGGUGAUGUCUUCAUUGUACUCUCCCUACUGAACUCGCAGUGACAGGGAGUGUCUCAGACCUUACUUAAAGCGUAGGUAGCAGGACUCAGAGUACAUUCAGCGAGUUCUGCAUAGAGGACAGCCAGGGUGAGGAAAAAAUCAGCAUACCCCCGAGGGUCCCCAACCCCAGGCCCAGAAAAGAAAGUGGGGAGGAGAAAGGGCCACCGCAGCCCUGAGUCUCCUCACCAUCUUUGCAAACAGGCUUAGCACAGAAUGUGAUCCCUUCCUUUAAAGUCCAGGUAGAAUCAGCUGUAUUGGAAGGACAGUGUAAUACGCAGUUACCCCAGUGAGCAUAUGGUGAAAUAGGCUUCAAUUUACAUAGGGUGAGAGGUCAGGCCGUGACCUGACUCAGCGCAGAUGGGGAGGUGUUAGUCAGCGACACCUGUGACAAAGACGUGGAAGAAGUCGAUGCACAUGGUUGGGGAGACGCGUCCACUGAGCUCAGCAAAAAUUAGCACCUCGCCAUUCCCAGACUGAGCUCGUUAAAUAAAUUUACAAAAAGCCAAGAUUCCAAGAGAAAAUGAGCUGCUUUGGCUCGUGCAUGAUAGGCCUAGACCCUCCUCAUACUGUCUUCAUCUGUGUCCACACCAAAUGCCAUGUCGGGGUCCUUGGCUGGCAGAGCUGUUUGUCUUGGAGCUUGAUUACUUUAGCUCUGAGCACAAGGCAGGCAUUUCCUCACCGUGAGGAGAACAGAGAUGGUAUGUUCUAUCCACUUGAUCAGUGUGCUUUCAUCAAUCACUUAAAUUCUCCGAGCCAAACUGGAAAGAGUCCAUGCACGGCCGUACCCGGUGCCCUGCACAGAGAGGCCUUUAGAGACCAGCCUGCAGUGGCUGGGGACACACUCCAGGAUGCUCCAACUCGGCUGCCCGGUGCCUUAUCCCUGCCUGAUGACUCAGCAUUGUGGUGAAAUAAGUUCCUUUAUGUGGCUGUUUGCCUUGAUUUUUUGGAACAACCGCUUGAGAGAUUUUUUUCUCCUAAGUCAUGAGGAGUUACCUUUUCCCUAGUUUUCUACCCCAGAGGGUUUGUUACUUUUGUCCAGGUUGAUUGACAUUUCCUGGGUAAGCUGUAAGUAACUCGGUUUGAUAUUUUUUCCUGGUCCUGGGCUGCACCCUGCUCUGUGAUUGGUAUGCACCUUGCAGGGACUGAUUAAUAUACUAUGCAAAUGAUGUUCCUAUAGCCUACUUUGCAAAUGAAGGGUCUGUGGCCUACCAAGAGGGGAUUGGUCAGUUUGUGGCCCUGGUGGGAAGGCCAUGCCUUGAAAUUGAGGAGUUUGUGUAUAUAUGCAGCAACCCCAAAAGGUAUUUCAGACAGGAACCAGAAAGAAUCAGGAGAAAAGGGAAGAGAGAAGAAGCAGAGAGAAAGGAGGCAAAGAACCUCCUGAAAGAGCGUAACAUGGGUGAAGGGCUAUAACACUGAAGACAGCGACAGGCCUGGUCAGUGGUGAUGGCAGAAACUUGCUGGUAGGAAUGCAGCUAAGAGAGAGAUGAACACAACUGCUACACUGGCUGUGAGCUGUGUCAGCAGGAGAGAUGCUGAUGGCGGGAAGCCAGAGGCAAAGAAUCCUGUCCUGAGGGAGCCAAGGGGAGCCCUGCAUGGCUGAAAGGGGGCAUGCACGGCAGAGAGAAGGGCCUGUUUGCUUGCACAGCUGAGAGAGCUGUCUUGCACUGAAGAAGGGAGGACUGUUCACUUUGGGGGAGCCUUCCAGACUUUGCCUACAUGCUUCCUGAUCUUGAGUUAUACCCUGUUAUUUCCUGUCUUAAGCUGGGUUCUCUAGAGAAGCACAACCAGUGAAGUGUAUAAAUAUUUAUACAGCGAGACUUAUGUUAAGGAAAUGGCUUAUGUGGUUGUAGAGGCUGGAACGUGGAUCAGGCUGGAGGAUUCUGAUUCACAUAGCCACAGGGGCUGGCGAACUCAAGACUGACUGGUCAGACAGUAGGGCUCUGGCUCACAGGCUGUGAAGACCAACAAAUCCCAAGAUUGGCAGGCAAGGCACCAGGAUAAGUCCUAAAAACCAGAGGUCAGACAAACAGGAACCAGCUGCUGGACCUAGUGUGAUCAAAAGCCCAUGAGCCUUGCCAGAAAGUCCACUUAUAUUCGAUGCAGGCCACAUGUCAUGAAUUGUAUUCCCCAAAAAUAUGUGUCAGCUUGGUUAGGCCAUGAUUCCCAGUGUUGUGUGGUUGUCCUCCAUUUUGUGAUUUUCCUAUGUGUUGUAAAUCCUAAUCUCUGCCUGUGGUUAAUGAGGCAAGAUUAGAUUAUGCUAAAGAGGAUUAGGGUGGGAUUGUGACACCCUUACUAAGGUCACAUCCCUGAUCCAAUGUAAUGGGACUUUCCCUGGGGUGUGGGCUGCACCUCCUUUUAUCCCACAAGAGAUGGCAGGGAAGCGAGCAGAGAGUGGGGGACCACAUAGCACCAAGAAAGCAGCACUGGGAGCAGAGUGCGUCCUUUGGACCCGGGGUCUCUGCACCUGAGAAGCUCCUCAAUCAGGGGAAGAUUGAUGACGAGGACCUUCCUCCAGAGCUGACAGAGGGAAAAAGCCUUCCCCUGCAGCUGAUGUCCUGAACUUGGACUUGUAGCCUACUAGGCUGUGAGAGAAUAAAUUUCUCUUUGUUAAAACCAUCCACUUGUGGUAUUUCUGUUACAGCAGCACUAGAUAACCAAGACACUACAUCCCUAAGGAAACUUCAACUGAUUUGGCUACUCACAAUAGAUCCCAUUGUGGGAAUGAUCACAUUAUAUCAGAUCUCAUCAUGGAAGUGAUCACAUCAUCAUACAAUUGCCAAACUACAUCAUAACUGGCGAACCACUGAGAAUCAUGGCCGAGCCAAGCUGACACACAACCUUAACAAUCACGCCUUCUUAAUAAACCACUUAGCUGUAAAUGUGAUCUGCAAGUUCUGUGUGGCCAUCGCAAUGGAUUAUCGAAAACAGCUAAGAAGUACAGAGUGCCUUGGGGAGCAUGGCUGGUGUCAGAACUGGUGAAAAGUUUGGAGAGUGGAAGCAUGUCUGACUUCCAGUUCAUAGAGAUCAGCUUUGGGCUGAACCUGAUUCACAUUAAAAACCAAAAACCAAACCUGUUGCCAUCAAGUCAAUUCUGACUCAUAGCAACUCUAUAGGACAGGGUAGAAUUGCCCCAUAGGGUUUCCAAGGAACAGCUGGUGGAUUCAAACUGCCAGCCUUUUGGUUAGCUGCGAAGCUCUUAACUACUGUGCCACCAGGGCUCCUGAUUCACACCAUCCCCCCUGAAAUUUCACAGAUUCUGACACUACUUAAUAUUUUACAAGAAGAAAAAUUCUAGAUAUCAAAGUCAAUUUCUUGAAAAUAAGAGGAACGGUUUAAAAUGUGAGUUCUAACAAAUACUGAGCUGUUCUAGAAGGAAAACACAUUGAAGUAUUAUCUUUUUUGCUAUAUUACAAUUAGUUCAAAAUCUAGGGGCUUACUCUAUCAUCCAAUUUAUGUUUCAAUUUUCCUUUAAUGUCUUAUUUUGCCAGAAUAUUAAAAUGCUAUUGGCAUUCUCCUUAUGAGUAUUCUUAAAAUUGAGACAUAAUUCAUGUACCAUAAAAUUCUCCAUUUUAAAGUGUAUAAUUCAGUGAUUUUCAGUGUAUUUACAAGAUUGUGCAACCAUCACGACUAUCUAAUUCCAGAACAUUUUCAUCACCCCAAAAGGAGACCCUGUACCUAUUAAGCAGUCACUCCCCAGCCCCUGGCACCCUCUCAUCUAUUUUUUGUCUCUCUGGAUUUGCCUACUCUGGACAUUUCAUAUGAAUGGAAUCAUGACUAUAUUCGGCUUUGAUGCAAUGAAUUACUUUAUAUUGCCCUCCCAGCAGUGGCCUUGUGAUGCCCACAAAAUGACUGGGUGUAACUAUGCAAUUAUGGUGCUUGUGGACCACCAAGGGGAUUGGGCAGCCUGCUAAUAACACAAAUAAGGUACGUGGAACCCUUGUGGGGGUAGGACUAUGUAAAUAAGGUGUAUGGAACCCUAACAAUGGGGUUGAUCAGUUUUGCCAUCCCACUAGGCUUGGAAGCCAAUCCCAGAGGCAGAGGGGCACCUCACUACCAUAAACAAAAGCUGGGAGCAAAGUGCAUCCCUGUGCUGGGAACCUCCUAGACCCAGGGGACAAAAUCUAACAUUGGAGGCAACGUGAGACGGUGAGAAGUGGCAACAGCAGCAGAACCAGGAGACCAGCAUGAGGCAGCCCACGGAGUGAGGCAGCUACAGCGGGUGUGCUGACCCACAGAGCAGGAGAGCUGAGCACCUUCAGGCAGGAAGCUUACUGGUGGAGUGGGGUGCCUCUGGGCACUUGUUGGCAGAGCUAGGCUCCCCCACCCAUGGAGCGAGAGAGCUGAGUGCCUUGGGGCAGGAGGCUUCUGGGUGGAGUAGGGUGCAUCCCAGGACUUACUGGCAGAGCAAAAGAACGUUAUAACACUUUACCAUCAUGCGGACCUCAUUGAGGGCUUCCCUUGCGUUCAUCAACUUGUGGUAUUUCUGUUAGGGCAGCACUAGAUGACUAAGACACUGUCAAAUGAGAACCUAAUUUGCUGUGUAAGCUUGUACCACAAACACAAAAUACUAUUUUAAAAAAUUGCCAAAAUAUAAAUGGAGAGAGAAAUUCAAUAUUGUUAAUAUGUCAGUUCUCCCUAAACUGAACUACAGAUUCAAUGCAAUCCCAAUCAAAAUCCCAGCAGACAUUUUUUGAUAGAAAUUGACAAGCUGAUUCUAAAAUUCAUAUGGAAAUGUAGACAACCUAGAGCAGCCAAAAUAACCCUGAAAAAGAAGAAGAAAGUUGAAGGGCUAACGCUAUCUGAUUUCAAGAAUUAUUACGAAGAUACAGUAAUCAAAAGAGUGUGGUACUAGCAUAAAGACAGACAAAUAGAUCAAUAGAAAAAAAUUAAGAAUUCAGGAAUAGACCCACACAUGUAUGAACACUGAUUUUUGACACAUGUGAAAGGCAAUUCAGUGGAGAAAAUAGUCUUUUACAAAAAUGGUGCUGGGACAAUUGCAAAAAAUAACAUAUGCAAGAAAAUAAACUUCAUACUUCACAUGAUAUGCACAAAUUAACUUAAAAUGGAUCACAGACCUAAAUGUAAAACCUAAAAUGAUAAAACCUGAAGAAGACAACAUAGGAGGAAAAACUUUGCAACUCUGGUUUAAGCAAAAAUUUCCUAGAUAUAAUACCAAAAGCACAAUCCAUAAAAGAACAAAUUGAUUAACUGGGCCUUAUCAAAACUUAAAACUCUGCAAAAGAAACAGUUAAAAAUGGUGCUAGCCAUGGAACAUUCUCUAGAAUAAACCACAUAUUAGGUCAUAAAACAAACAUUUGCAGAAUCCAAAACAUCGAAAUGUUACAAAGCAUCUUCUCAGACCACAAGACCGUAAAAGUGGAAAUCAAUAACAGAAAAAUUAGGGAAAAGAAAUCAAAUACUUGGAAACUGAACAAUACCCUGCUCAAAAAA